AUGGGUCAUUUACAGAAGAGGUUAAUGUUGUUGGAUGCUUUAACAAAGGGAACUAUCAAGAAGAAAACAAUUUUAAUGCAAUGGGGCAAAGGCAUCCUGGAUUCUCAUGGAGCUAACCAAAUGGGACAACAAGGGAACCAAUCCAGUUUGGAAGAGAUGCUUAAAAGUUUCAUCACUAAGGUUGAUAAACAAUUUGAAAUUCAUGGUGCCUCUAUUCGAAAUUUAGAAAAACAGGUUGGACAGAUUGCUAAUCAGAUAUCUGAAAGACCACUUGGAAAUCUUUCAAGUGACACAGUAAAGAACCCUCAGGAGCUAAAAGGUGUGACUUUGCGAAGUAGAAAAAUGUUAAACGAUAAUUACCAAAGCAAAGCUUGUGAAGUGACAAAGAGCCAAGAUGAGAAACAAGGAAGUAAAAAAGUAGUAGGAAAGUCCAAUGAAAUUCAGAAAGGAAAGGAGAAGUCAGAACUAGAAAUUGAUUCUAAAUAUAUGCCUACAUUGCCUUUUCCUCAAAAGAUGAAAUGGGAGAAGGUUGACAAUUAUUUUGGCAAGUUCUUAGAGAUGCUGAAGCUACUACAUGUGAAUAUUCCUUUCACUGAGGUAAUCACUCAGAUGGCUGCAUAUGCUAAAUUUUUGACUGAAAUUUUUUCCAGUAAGAGAAAAUUUGAGGAAACAUCAUUAGUCAAGAUGAAUGCUCAUUGUAGUGCCAUCCUUCAAAAUAAACUACCUCAGAAAUGUGGUGAUCCAGGUAGUUUCACUAUUCCAUGUGCAAUAGGGACUGGUAGAUUUGAGAAAUCCUUGUGUGACUCAGGAGCUUCUAUAAACCUCUUGCCUUUGUCCAUAUUCAAGAACUUGGAAGGAGAGCUCGGAAUCAUGAAAUCUAUCCCAAUGCCCUUACAGUUGGCUGACCAAUCCAUCAUUAUUCCUGAAGGGAUAGUUGAAGAUGUUCUAGUUAGGGUGGACAAGUUUGUGUUUCCAGUAGAUUUUAUCGUGGUGGACAUGGAAGAAAAUAAGGAGGUUCCAUUAAUUAUUGGCCGACCAUUCCUAGCUACUUGUACAACAAUACUUGAUAUGUAUGAAGGGAAACUGAUGCUUAGAGUUGGAGAGGAAAAGGUAGUAUUCAAUAUGAAGAAGGUGGAUGAGCUAAUAGUUAAGACAACCAAGUCGGAUAGAAAGAUCAUGGCAUGGGUGCGUGCAUUUGGCCAAGCCUACACAAUGGACCCAUACACUAUUUCCGACAUCGACUAG